GAGGGGCAAUUCCUGCCAAUUCCCCACCCCCUCGUUUGGUUUGUUAUUUGACUUGGGAACUAUCACAACCGCAACUUUUCGCAAUAAUUUCAACCUAAUACCACAUACUACCACAUACUUCUACCCAAUCUUCUUGUUCCUUUUCGUACAUUAACAAAGUUCGGUACGUGUGGUUUUACACAUCAUCUACCUGCAUACUCCCUUUUGCAUCAAAUUACCUGCAUCGUUCUAGAUCUGGGUGCAUCACGUAGGUACCAUACUCACUGAUCCACGUCGUGUUUGGAGUCACCAAGUCUUGGAGGUUUGUUGUGGCGGUGGGGUGGCAUUUGCGAAUACCUUUUGUUUUUUUUAUCUUUAUUAUUUUUUUUCCUGUUCUCUUUACGUCCAUUCUCUAGUUGGUCAAGUGCGCUUCCCUACACUUCUACGCUUGUUCGUCUUGCGUAGCCUAGCUAUUUACGUUGCAUACCAACCUGUCGAAAUUCAUCGGCAUUUUUCCUAGAUAAUACGGCCUAACCCUAGGCUACAUCAGUAUCACAACAUGAGCUCCACCGAGAAUACCGAACCCAAGCCGGCCGAGGCGACUGAGGGCAAGCCUCUUACCUCCUCAUCUGUCUUCUCCAUGUUUGGCGGCGGCGCAAAGAAGGAGAAGAAGGACGAAGAUGAGGAUCGUGGCGAUGUUUCCGGUAGUGCCAAGGCCCAGCGAGAGGCCGCUGCCGCUGCUAAAGGUGAUGACGAAGAGGAACCCCCCGAGUCAGAAGAUGUCCACUUCGAGCCCGUCCUCAAGCUCACCGAAAAGAUCAAGACUGUGACUCACGAGGAAUCCGAGGAGGAGAUUUUCAACAUGCGAUGCAAGAUGUUCAAGUUCACCCAAGACGCCGAAGGAAAAGGUGAAUGGAAAGAGCGUGGCACCGGCCCUCUCCGUCUGUUAAAACACAAGGAGAACGGCAAGAUUCGUUUGGUCAUGCGACGAGACAAGACCCUCAAGGUCUGCGCGAACCACUACAUUACUCCCGACAUGACAAUUGCUCCCAUGUCUACUAGCGACCGGGCCUGGCUCUGGAACGUUGGCGCCGAUGUUAGCGAGGGCGAGCCUGAGGCUAUCACCGUCUCUGUCCGCGUAGCCAAUGCUGAGAAUGCCCAGCUGUUUAAAGAAGCCUGGCUCAAGGCCCAGAAAGAAAACGAGGCUCGGUUUGCUGAGGCUAAAGCAGAUGAGGAUAAAGAGGAGGAAUCCAAGACCGAGGAGAAGAAGGAGGAGCCUGCCGCAUCCUCGUAAUGGGUAGCGCCUAUGGCGUGAAAGGUGGUUUAAACCGCCCAUUUUACCGUGGUGGCUUAGAAUCACGAUGCCACUAUGUUGCCCUACGCAGUGGAUGUGUCGAGUGACCGUCAUUCUCCUACAGCGAAUGGUUUGGAAAUAUUAGCUCUCGUGAGGGACUUCACAGAACGGUGGUGGCCGAUAAUGAUGACGAGAAGAGAGAAGAAAGACGAUUAGAUAGUCCAAGGAAGGAUCAAACAACAACAACAACAACCCAUAGUCACGGCAUCUUUGUCCCUUGCGAAACACUUCACGAUGAAUACAACCCCGAUCCUCCCAAAAACACAGUUCUGAUAUUGCCAAUAGAAAUGGUGGUAGGAAGUCUAGUGUAGAGCUACCUAUCUACCUGUGUUUGGGCUAGAUCUUUCAAGAUUGCAAACACACGUACAACUUUGACAGAGUAACUACCUAGCUAGACUCCUUCUGUGGUGCGGGCUGUGGCGGUAUGUGAAGGAAUGGAGAUCCAUAACAGCACGAAUUCGAUUCACUGCAGCAUUUGAAUUUUGAACCGCUGAAAUAUAUGUGAACACUGUGUAUACCUUAUAAGUACGAAUCCUAGGUAGGUACUUAGGUAUUGAAAGAAGUUGUGCCCCGUAGGUACGUAGUAGACAUGUACCCAAAUUAGAAUGGAAGGA